AAUUAGGUCUAGUAGUCGUCGAAACCCUAGUUAUUCUUGCAAAAGAAGUCAAGCCAGUUUCUAGCGGCUGGUACUAAAAGAAGAAGCAAGAAAACAUGGCUACGGCGGCAUACCAAGUUCCCACCAAGUCUGCAAAGCUUGGUUUGGAGGAGCAAAACCAAGAGCCGAUUCGUAAGAUUAGGAUCACACUCUCCUCCAAGAAAGUGAAGAACGUUGAGAAAGUAUGCAGUGAUCUCAUAAAGAGAGCCAAGCAACAUCCUGAUUCCAUCAGGACUAAGGGUCCAGUGCGGAUGCCCACUAAGACUCUUCGCAUCACUACUAGGAAGGCCCCUUGUGGAGAAGGAACCAACACCUGGGAUAGGUUCGAGAUGCGUAUACACAAAAGAGUGAUCGACCUCUUCACCACUCCAGGGACGGUCAGGAAGAUUACUGAAAUUGACAUGGAACCAGGCGUGGAGGUUGAAGUUACUAUUGGUGACAUUUGAUGAUCCGAGUGUUUGAAUUGUUUUUGUGGGUACAUGUUAAGCCUUCAAUUUCUCAUCAGAAUAGGCCUUUUUCAUUUUGGUACUGAGUUUACAUGGAUAAUACUGUUGGCAUGGCGACAUUAUAGUUUGAGUGGUGUUUCUUCAACCUACCUU